GUCUGUGUUAGUCGUCCUCAGGUAGCAGGUAUUCUAAUCGCUGAUAUUCUAUAAGGCGUUCCUGGUAUUCUGUUAGUAGAGAUUCUGAUUCUCUAUCUUCACUAAAAGGAUCAGCCCACCCCGUUGCGCGUUGACAGACUCCAUUUGACACGCAGCAACGCAAUCACACGUAAUCACAGCUCAUCAGGAAGCAAUUACAGCUCAUCAGCUGGCAAUCACAGCUCAUCAGAAGCAAAUCACAUCACGCCGUCUCUGUUCGGAAACAGGUCCUCUGAUCUGAACCUAGGUCCCCUGAGCCUAGUUCCCCUGAACCAUGGCUCUUACGAUUCCCGCAACUAGUAUUGGACAUCACCAAAGCUUGGACGGCGAUCGGAUGCCGAUUUUAGAGUCGAGUCAACAGACGUUGAUCGUGAGAACCGACCCCCCGUUCGUCCGCUGGAUGAAGGAGCAGCAGGCUGCUGACGUCACCCGCCGGCACGAUGCGACAGGCGAUGCGGGCGACGACGACGACGACGACGAUGAAACUUAUAACGAAUCGGAAUCAGACGAGUACGAGAUGGCGGAGCUAGCAGCCGCGGCAGCAGCGGGCGGAGCGGGGAAAGCGGGUCGAGAGGACAGUGACUCGGAGAGGGAGGCCGCCGCGGUUACCGCUACAGGCGGCGGAGCAGCAGCGGCGGGGAAGAGGGGGAUGACGGGGAAGACGAGGAACCGAAAGUGGAGCAAUGCGGAGAUGCUUGAAUUAGCGGCCGCGGUGCUCUACUGCCGCGAGAGCGGUUCGGUGACGCGGCGCGUCGGCGCCAAGGGCAGCGGGUACUGGCGGGAGAUUCGGCGCGUGAUCCGGCGGGGGAACCCCGCGUGGUCGCGCCUGUCGGAGGCGAUGAAGCAGCAGUGGAAGCGCAUGAAAGCGAGAUACGACGACGACCGGAUGAGGGGACAGCGGGAGCAGGGCGAACAGGGGGGGCAGGGGGGGUCUUAUAACGCGGUUGGGCUGCUGUAUGGUAACGCGUCGGAGGGGAAGGAAAAGAGGAUGGCAGGGGGAGAUCUGGAAUGGUACGAGUAUGUGCGACAAUAUUACAUGUUGGAGGGGGUGAAGGACUCCAAUGGUGCAACAGGGAAUGGUGCAGACGCUACAGCCGCCGCUACAGCCGGUAGAUCCGCUAGAGCCGAUAGAGCCGCCAGAGCCGCUACAGCCAAUACAGCAGCAGCAGCGGUGAGGCCCAGUGAGAUGCCAGCAUAUGCGUUUCCCGAAAGCAUGGCCCCCCCAUCCUGGCCGGACGCAGCUGCUACAGCCGCUACAGCUGGCAGCAGUCUUCUACCCUUGCCUGCUCCUGCACCAUCAGCUCUCUAUCCGUUUGCAGCCGGCGGAUCCGACAGUUACCUGCUGUCCCUGCAUAGCAGGGGGGUUACACCUGCUACCGGUGCUGCAGUUUCUCAGCCUACAAAUCCCCAGCUCACAUUUCUCCAGCCCGCAUUAUUCCAGCCUUCUCUUUUUCAGCCUGCAGUGCACAUGCUGAGGGGGAUGGCCCCUGGUGGGUCGACCUUGACAGGAAGGAAGGAUCAGAAAGACCAGAGGGAGCGGAAGGAGCGGAAGGAGCGGAAAGCUGCAAGGAGAGCGGCGGAGAGGUUGAGAGGAGGAGGAGGAGGCGCUAGGGUGUUACCGGGAGGCGCUAGGGUGCUACCAGGAGGUGUUAAAGGUCCCCUUGCAGCGGCAGUGGGGGAGAGGGUGAGUGCUGCCAUGGGAGAGGCUGUGCGGAACGCAUGCGUGCAGUUUGAAGAGCUGACUCGAGAGCUGCUGGAGAAUGCGUGCGCCCAAUUCGAGGAGCUUUCACAAGAAUUGGCGGAAAAGGCGUGUGCUCAGCUGGAGGAGAUACUAGCAGAGGCCAUGGCGCCUGGCGCAGGUGGUGGCAAGAGGCAGAGGAGAUAGGAGUUAAAGGAGUCAGCAGGCAGUGGAGGCGGUGGGGGCCGAGCUGAGGAAGUUGGCAGAAAGAGCAUGUGCUCAGGCUGAGGAGAUUCUAGCUACCUUGUGAAAAGGCUUGUGCUCGGUUGGAGGAAAUACUCGCAGAGGCUACGAUGCCUGGUCGCGAUGCUACUGCUAGGAGGCAUAGGAGCUAGCAGUGUAAAGAGUCUGGUGGCAGUGGUGGUGGUUGCAACUGGCAGGGUCUACGAUGUCUGUCCAAGAUGCUACUGCCAGGAGGCGCUGGGCAGGAGCUAGCAGUGUUAAUAGUCUGGUGGCAGUGGUGGUGGUUGCAACUGGCAGGGUCUACGAUGCCUGUCCAAGAUGCUACUGCCAGGAGGCGCUGGGCAGGAGCUAGCAGUGUAAAGAGUCUGGUGGCAGUGGUGGUGGUUGCAACUGGCAGGGUCUACGAUGUCUGUCCAACAUGCUACCAAUAAGAGGUGUAGGAGACAGCAUGUUGUUAAAAUUGUUGUGAUAAAAUCGUACUUAAGCAUUUCUGUAAGUAGUUCCUAUAGAUAUUGUGGA